AUGGCUGCGGAUGGGGACUUUUAUCAGUGGAUCAUUGAAGGCCAACCUGGAGAAGUACUUAAAAUUGAGUUUGAUGCACUGACAAUUGAAGACCACAUGGAAAAUGUCAGGGUGUACUCGGGAGGACCUUCUAUUGUGACCAGUGACUUGAUCCAAGACAUCAGAAACAAGCUUAUCCCAGAAGAUCUCACUAACUUUGCAUUCUGCUUUUAUGUAAAAUUUGUUACAGACACAGAAGCAUCCUGGAAACAAGUCAACAUUGUGGAUGUAACAAAUGAAGCCAGCUACAUCUCCUCCCCAUAUUACGAUUCCUCAAUGGCUCCUGUAAGCUUCAAAAGAGAGUGGCUAUUGAAUGCACCUGAAGGAGAACUCAUCACUUUGGAGGUAAUUUA